AUGAGAAACAAGUGUAGUUUAGUGAGUGUGCUACUGGUAUUUACUCUCUUUCAUACACUGGACAUCGUCUCGGCCCAGAACGUACCGGCGGUGGCAUUGUUCACAUUCGGCGAUUCCAACUUCGACGCUGGAAACAGAAAGUUUCUCUUAAACGCAAAUGCUCCUCAAAACUUCUGGCCUUACGGUAAAUCCCGGGAUGAUCCCAACGGCAAGUUUUCUGAUGGCAAGAUCGUCCCGGACUUUAUCGCAAAAUUCAUGGGAAUUCCGCACGAUUUACCGCCGGCGUUUAAACCUGACGCCGAUGUCUCACGAGGAGCAAGCUUUGCUGUUGGCCAUGCUUCUCUUCUUGGCUCUCCCCGAGGAUCUUUGAAUCUGAAUCAACAAGUGAGGAGAUUCAACGACAUGAGAUCAAAUUGGAAAGAAGAUUACAUUCACAAAUCAUUGUUUAUGAUAUUUAUUGGUACGGAAGAUUACCUCAACUUCACCAAAAACAAUCCUAAUGCCGAUGGUUCUGCUCAACAAGCUUUUGUCACAUCUGUCACUAACCGAUUAAGGAGAGAUAUCAACCUGUUGUAUUCAUCAGGAGCUAGUAAAUUCGUCGUAUAUAUGUUACCGCCAUUAGGUUGUUUACCGAUCGUAAGACAAGAAUACAAAACGGGUAACGGAUGUUACGAGAAACUCAACGAUUUGGCCAAACAACACAACGCUAUAAUCGGACCGAUGUUGAACGAAAUGGCGAAAACCGGAGCGGGUUUCCAAUUCACUGUUUUCGAUUUCUACAAUGUCGUUCUUCGCAGGACACAAAGAAACCUGAACUACCGGUACUCCGUGGCGAAUAUAUCGUGUUGCGGUGUGGGGACACAUAACGCGUAUGGUUGCGGUUUACCUAACGUUCACUCGAAGCUAUGCGAGUAUCAAAGAUCGUAUCUUUACUUCGACGCAAGUCAUCACUCAGAGAAGGCACAAGAAUCGUUCGCUCAUCUUCUCUUUGGAGCCGACACAAUCGUUAUCCAACCCUUGAACGUUCGGGAGCUUAUUGUAUAUCCUGCUGAUGAGUCUAUGCGCGAUCUUUGGGAAGAUAAAACGGAGGAGAAGUUAUCGUUAGUCCUCGACGUUGACGUUGAUGCGAGUGGAUCUGAGUACACGAUCUAG